AUCCAGCUGUGGGGGCCGCUGGCUUGCAGCUGGCGCCCUCAGGGGCGUCCUCGGCGUCGGCUUCCAGCUGCGCCCCCACCCCAGUGGAUCCGUGCCCGGCUCCCCCUCCUCUCCCCUCCCUGCCUGCCAGCAUCAGCAGCAUCCAUCUCCCUCCCUGCUCCGCCCGCAUGGAGAGGGAGAAUGGCGGAGAGAGAGAAAGGAGCCACGUCCCCCGCCGGAUCGUCUCCCUUCCUGGGGCUGCACCUCGCCUCGCCUCCCAAUUUCAGGCUCACCCACGAUAUCAGCCUUGAGGAGUUUGAGGAUGAAGAUCUCUCUGAAAUCACCGAUGAGUGUGGAAUCAGUCUGCAUUGUAAGGACAGCCUGGCUUCCCGGAGCCAUGUGAGCCUACAGGCCAAUAGCAUCCUGGGAGUGGGUGGUGGGGAGGCGAGCCGGCUGCAAGCAGAGAUGCUUCAGCUAGACCUGAUCGAUGCAGCCGGGGAGACCCCGGCUGAAGAGGAGACAGCACCCGAGAAGCUCAAGAAAGAGCCCCUGCCGGUAACCAUGGACACCUACAGACCCAAGCGACCCACAACUCUCAACCUCUUCCCACAGGUGCCUCGGACCCAGGACACUCUGAAUAACAACUCUCUUGGGAAAAAGCACAGUUGGCAGGAGCGGGUGUCCCGGUCAUCUUCCCCCUUGAAAACUGGUGAGCAGACCCCUCCCCAUGACCACGUUUGCCUGAGUGAUGAGGUCAAUCACCAAAACAGCACAACCUCCACCAAAGACCGGGGCACGUCCACGGAGAGCCCAUGCCGGCGCACGGCUGCCACACAGAUUGCCCCUGCCUGUGUGGCCUCCUCCCGGGCACCUGAGAAACACCAAACCAUGGGCCGGCCCCCACCCCACAACCCCAGUGUGGUGGUGGUGACAAGGGGGCCGGAAGCCCACCGGGACCGUAUCCGCUACCAGACGGACGUGAGGCUUGAGGCCACCGAGGAGAUUUACCUGACGCCUGUGCAGAAGAACUCUGAUCCACUGGAGCCCGAGAAGCCGUUCCUGUCCCAGUCGAGUGAGAACCGCAUGUCCAUCAGCUCUGACGUCGAUGCCUCCAGCUACCCUGCACUGGCGGGGAAGCCCAACCCCUCCAUCAGCGAGGAGGAUGAGGUGCUGGACUACAUGUCCUCCCCUGACAAGAUGAGCCUGCCCAGAACCUCAUGUAGUGGCAGCAACGGUGGCUACCGGCCUGGGCACAGCCUCCAGCGGGCGUCGGUGAGCUCUGACACCAGCGCCCUCUCCUAUGACUCGGUCAAGUACACACUGGUGGUGGAUGAGAACGUGCAGCUGGAGCUGGUCAGCCUGAAGCAGUGCUACUCAGGCUACAGCGAUGAGAGUGAUUCAGCCACCGUCUAUGACAACUGUGUCUCCUCGCCCUAUGAGUCCGCCAUUGGUGAGGAGUAUGAGGAGGAUGCACUGAAGCGUGACUCAGUCUGCCUCUCUGAGGACUCCACCCCAGAGGCAGACAUCCACUUCUCCAAGAAGUUCCUCAAUGUCUUCAUGAGUGGCCGAGCACGUUCCUCCAGUGCCGAAUCCUUUGGGCUAUUCUCCUGUAUGAUCAAUGGGGAGGAGCAGGAGCAGACUCACCGUGCUGUUUUCAGGUUUGUCCCUCGUCAUGCGGAUGAGCUGGAGCUGGAGGUGGACGACCCGUUGCUGGUGGAGGUGCAGGCAGAAGACUAUUGGUAUGAGGCCUAUAACAUGAGGACGGGUGACCGUGGCAUCUUCCCUGCUUACUAUGCUAUUGAAGUCACCAAGGAUCCUGACCACAUAACAGCCCUGACCAAGAACAGCGACUGGGUGGAUCAGUUCCGGGUGAAGUUCCUUGGCUCAGUCCAAGUUCCAUAUCACAAAGGCAACGACGUGCUGUGUGCAGCUAUGCAGAAGAUUGCCACCACCCGCCGCCUCACUGUGCACUUUAACCCGCCCUCCAGCUGUAUCCUGGAGAUCAGUGUGCGUGGAGUCAAGAUUGCCGUGAAGUCCGACGAUGCCAAGGAGCACAGCAAGGGAAACAAAUGUAGCCAUUUUUUCCAGUUGAAGAACAUCUCCUUCUGUGGGUACCAUCCAAAGAACAACAAGUAUUUUGGAUUCAUCACCAAGCACCCAGCGGACCAUAGAUUUGCCUGCCACGUCUUUGUCUCUGAGGAGUCUACCAAGCCGCUUGCGGAGUCUGUAGGGAGGGCUUUCCAGCAGUUCUACAAGGAGUAUGUGGAGUACACAUGCCCCACAGAGGACAUCUACCUGGAGUAGGGGGCUGGGCCGAGCACCUCCCAUACAGACAGGGCCAGCAAACGCGCCUCUUCCCCAGUGUGCAUGGACAAGCUGCUUUGAGACUGGAGGAGGAAGAGGAGUGAAGCUGGGGAUGGUUCCCUUGGUGCAUGGAGCACGCCCCUCCUCCCCCUGACUUUUCAGG